GGACAAAUAUGACAUGCAACAAAUUUUGUAAAAUAGAUUCCAUGGAUAAGGUGACAAGGUCUUAAGCAGAAAUUACUAGAACAGCUCAUAGUAAUAGGUUUCACAGCACAUCUGAUCAGGGUUUUGAGAUGGCCAUAUCAUCAGUUAUACAGUACCUAGGUGAUCUGCAAGACACCCAACAACAAGAGAAAAAGUUAGAUACCGCCUUAAAAAGAGAAUGUACAACCAACAGGGUUAUGAAAAAAUAAAAAAUCUUGCACAAAUGAAUGGGGUGAGUGUAAAGAAAUGCCAAUCUGCAGCUGUGAAGCGUGGUCUACCGUUUAUAAAUGAGCCAGCAACAAAACAAACCAAAAACACAGAAAACUCACCUGUGUCAACUUCAGUUUCUCCUAUCAACACACCUAUUGUGUCUCCUGCUGCCACACCUAUUGUGUCUCCUGACGUCACACCUAUUGUGUCUCCUACCGUCACACCAAGUAUUUCUCCUGCCGUCACUCCUAUUAUUUCUCCAGCCGUCACACCUAUUGUCUCUCCUGCCAUCACACCAGUUGCUUCUCCGACUCCGUCUAGAUCUUCAUCAGUCACCAUGUCCUCAGGGUCACCAAAGAUAACCGAGAAGGUAUUCAAAACAGCUAAUGGUGUCACGUUUACAUCAAAGAUGUUGUUUGUAUCGCAAAUUCAAAAACACACUGUGACUAUGCUGAAGUAA